GUGGCCUCUGCCCGGUGCUCUAGGGGCGCAGUUCACUGGCCGGUCUGCAAGUUUCCUUGGAGGCGACAGAGUCCAGGAAAGGAGUCAGACACCUGCCUGUGCCACAAUGCUGUCGUCCAGUGACUUUGCAUCUGCUUCCUGGGAGCUCGUGGUGCGUGUUGACCACCCAAAUGAAGAGGAGCAGAAAGAUGUCACACUCAGAGUGUCUGGAGACCUGCAUGUCGGGGGAGUGAUGCUCAAGUUGGUAGAACAGAUCAACCUGCCGCAGGACUGGUCAGACUUUGCCCUUUGGUGGGAGCAGAAGCGUUGCUGGCUUCUGAAAACCCACUGGACCCUGGACAAAUGUGGAGUUCAGGCGGAUGCCAAGCUUCUGUUCACCCCCCAGCAUAAAACUCUUCGCCUUCGCCUGCCAAACAUGAAGACAGUGCGGUUGCGGGUCAGCUUCUCGGCUGUGGUGUUCAAAGCUGUGAGUGACAUCUGCAGGACCCUGAAUAUUAGAAGAUCAGAAGAACUGUCCUUAUUAAAACUUUCUGGUGACUGUUUCAAGAAGAAGAAGAAAAAAGACAGAAGUAAUAAGGAACCUGUAAUUGAAGAUGUACUAAACCUUGAGAGUUCUUCAACAAGUUCAGGUUCACCAGUAAGUCCUGGCUUGUACAGUAAGACCAUGACUCCAACAUACGACCCCAUCAACGGAACACCCGUGCCAUCCACCAUGACGUGGUUCAGUGACAGCCCCCUGACGGAACAGGACUGCAGCAUCCUGGCCUUCAGCCAGCCUCCCCAGCCACCAGACGCGCUCGCUGACGUGUACCAGCCUCGGACUCUGCUUGACAAAGCCAAGUUUAACGCAGGCUGGCUGGACUCCUCGCGCUCCCUUAUGGAACAAGGCAUCCAAGAAGACGAGCAGCUGCUGCUGCGGUUUAAAUACUACAGUUUCUUUGACCUGAACCCGAAAUACGACGCUGUCCGAAUCAACCAGCUCUAUGAGCAAGCCAGGUGGGCCGUCCUCUUAGAAGAGAUCGACUGCACAGAGGAGGAGAUGCUGAUCUUUGCAGCGCUGCAGUAUCACAUCAGCAAACUGUCCCUGUCUGCGGAAACACAGGAUUUUACGAGCGAGUCUGAGGUUGAUGAGGUCGAAGCGGCGCUUUCUCACCUUGAAGUGACGCUGGAAGGUAGAAAAGCAGAGAACACUCUGGAGGACAUCACUGAUAUCCCUAAACUCACUGACAGUCUCAAAUUAUUUAGGCCCAAGAAGCUAAUGUUAAAAGCUUUCAAACAAUAUUGGUUCGUCUUUAAAGACACGUCGAUAGCCUACUUUAAAAAUAAGGAAGUUGAGCAAGGAGAGCCAAUAGAAAAGCUGAAUCUUAGAGGCUGUGAAGUCGUGCCAGACGUAAAUGUGGCAGGGAGAAAAUUUGGAAUCAAGUUACUGAUCCCUGUAGCUGAUGGCAUGAAUGAAGUGUAUUUGAGAUGUGACCAUGAGAACCAAUAUGCCCGAUGGAUGGCUGCCUGCAUCCUGGCCUCCAAGGGCAAAACCAUGGCAGACAGCUCCUACCAGCCAGAGGUCCUCAACAUCCUUUCAUUUUUGAGGAUGAAAAACCGGAACGCAUCAUCUCAGGCGGCUUCCAGUGUCGAGAGCAUGGACAUGAAUCCGGAAUGUUUUGUGUCGCCUCGGUGUGCAAAAAAGCACAAAUCUAAACAGCUGGCAGCCCGGAUCCUGGAAGCCCACCAGAACGUGGCCCAGAUGCCCCUGGUCGAAGCCAAGCUGCGGUUCAUCCAGGCGUGGCAGUCCCUACCUGAAUUCGGCCUCACCUACUACCUUGUCAGAUUUAAAGGAAGCAAAAAAGACGACAUUCUGGGAGUUUCCUAUAAUAGAUUGAUUAGAAUCGAUGCAGUCACUGGGGUUCCAAUUACAACCUGGAGAUUCACAAAUAUGAAACAGUGGAAUGUCAACUGGGAAAUCAGACAGGUGGCGAUCGAGUUUGACCAAAACGUCUCCAUUGCGUUCACCUGCCUGAGCGCGGAUUGCAAGGUCGUGCACGAGUACAUCGGGGGCUACAUUUUCCUGUCCACCCGCUCCAAGGACCAGAAUGAGACACUCGACGAGGACCUGUUUCACAAGCUGACCGGCGGGCAGGACUGA